AUGUGUCUGAAGAGGAAGCCCAUGGCUCUCAUUAAGAAGCUCCGCAAGGCGGUAAGGUCUUCUGAGUUUUCUAUUCCAGUGACCCCAACACUCUGUGGUGAUUUAAGUGUAAAUGAACUCUUUUUCUCGUGUGCCGAGUCUGAUCUUUUCUUUCGCAUCUUGGUCACUUUUACUUUUUUGUUAUUUCAUAAUCUUCAGGGUAUGACUAUCCCUUAUAGCUUCACAGUUAGAAGUCAUUUUCUCAUUACUUUGGGUCUCUCUUUUUCUAUUUUUAUUGGCAUUACUAUAGUGAGCUUUCAAAAAAACAGGCUUCAUUUUUUAAGCUUCUUAUUACCUGCAGGAGUCCCACUACCGUUAGUGCCUUUUUUAGUACUCCUUGAGCUAAUCUCUUAUUGUUUUCGCGCAUUAAGCUCAGGAAUACGUUUAUUUGCUAAUAUGAUGGCCGGUCAUAGUUUAGUAAAGAUUUUAAAUGGGUUCGCUUGGACUAUGCUAUGUAUGAAUAAUCUUUUCUAUUUCCUAUGAGAUCCUGGUCCUUUAUUUGUAGUUCUUGUAUUAACCAGUUUGGAAUUAGGUGUAGUUAUAUCACAAGCUUAUGUUUUUAUGAUCUCAAUCUGUAUUUACUUGAAUGAUGCUAUAAAUCUCCAUUAAAGUGUUUAUUUAUUUAUAAUUGAACAAAAGCGAGUUUGAA